AGGCUGAAAGCAUGUCAAGGAAAAAAAUGUUUCGUUUUUCCAUGAAGGAUGACAUCGAAUUGCUGAAAGAAGUGUCGAAUGUUAAUCCCUUUUCUGGGGACUCGGUAAAUAAGUGGGCAGAAAUUGCAGAAAAUUUUAUGAUGGCUCAUGAAGGAGUAGCCCUGGAUGGAAGGCGCUGCCGAGAGAGGACAAGUCUCCUUCUUUCAUAUUUUAAAGCAGAUGAUAGAGAUAAGCUAUACAGAUCUGGAACCGACGAAGAGUAUGGCGAGAAAGAACAGUUGUUACAGGAAGUCCUAGAAUUAUCUGAGCAGGUCAAAUUCAAAACUGAAAAAGGCAAAGAUGAAAGCCAAAAAGCGCAAUUAAUACGGAAAAGGGCGAUCGAAAACAUGAAAACAGCUACCUCUGAUGAGAACGACGACAGUCAGUGUUCAGUGAAGAGAAGAAAAUCUAAUACUAUGAUCGACUUCCUCACUCAUAAGACUGAGAGCGAAAACAAAUUGAAUAAAAAAAAAUUGAGCUAGAAAAAAAGAAGCUGGAUUUAGAUGAGAAAAAACAGCAGCUGGACCAAGAAAGAUUCCGGUUAGAGAAAGAGGAAAGAACUGCAAUGAUUGAUUUAUUCAGACAGUUAAUCGAGAAAAAACAAAACUAUUAACUGUUUAAUUGUAGCCAGUAUUUAUUAAUAGCAUUUAACUUUUUUCAUUAUGUUAAAAAUGAGAGCUAAUAAACUUUUACUUUAUCUGUUGUUAAUAUAUUGUUCUAAAGAAGGAGGGCGAAUUCCGAAGUAAUCCGUCGUAGGACUCCCGUACAAACAAGUGUGGCAGUUGGUUAGAAACGCUCCCACAGCGUAGUACUUUCCGACAGGCUGGACGUAUGCAUGUAGUUUCAAAUUUUUCUUGUAAUCAAGAAAUGCAAAUGUCUGAAUCACUUUGUUAAAGCCCCAUUCCACGCAUUGUCUCACUGCAGACAUCUGCCGGUUAAAUUCUGCUUCUUCUGGACUCACCCGAAUUCCCUUGACCGGCCCAAGUACAUACUGGUUGACGGCAUAAGCUGCGUCUCCGUACAAGCAGUACGGUUUACCGUUAGGGGAGUUCAUGUAGCGUACAAGUUCGUCUCCAAGACCACUUUCCCUGAAAAC